GUUAAACGAAACAAGUCAAAAGUGACAGACUGUCCUGGUUAGCUAACGAAGCGAUGGCUACUGUGCUCGCGGGGAAAAUAUAAAUAUUUUAAUUAAGGUUACUCGGGGGUUCUCGUGUACUUCAUUUGCGUUUCUUUAUCGGUUUGCUAAUAUACAUGAUUUGUUGUCGUGGAAUCACGGCUUGGCUCUGUCUCGCUCACCACUUGUAUCCAGCUAAUUUGUAUCUAGCUAGUUAGCUAGCUUGCUAGUUACGUCGAAGACGGACGACGAGACAAACCAAGAAGUUAAAGAUGACUGAGUACAAGUUGGUGGUGGUCGGUGCCGGCGGCGUUGGUAAGAGUGCACUCACCAUCCAGCUCAUCCAGAACCACUUUGUGGAUGAAUACGAUCCGACCAUAGAGGAUUCGUACAGGAAGCAGGUGGUGAUUGACGGCGAGACAUGUCUGCUGGACAUUCUGGACACAGCAGGACAGGAGGAGUACAGUGCCAUGAGGGACCAGUACAUGAGGACUGGGGAAGGUUUUCUCUGUGUCUUUGCUAUCAACAACAGCAAGUCUUUUGCUGAUGUGCAUCUGUACAGAGAACAAAUCAAGAGGGUUAAGGACUCUGAUGAUGUCCCGAUGGUACUUGUGGGUAAUAAAUGUGAUCUGGCUAGAACUGUAGACACAAAGCAAGCACAGGAGCUUGCCAGAAGCUAUGGCAUCGAGUUUGUUGAAACCUCAGCCAAGACAAGACAGGGAGUGGAGGACGCCUUCUACACACUGGUUCGAGAAAUCCGCCACUACCGCAUGAAGAAACUCAACAGCAGAGAGGACCGCAAACAGGGCUGUCUGGGCGUCUCCUGUGCCGUCAUGUGAUCAGGACCAACCAAUCAGACUUUUUUCGUGGCAUAUCGAGCAGGGCAUUUGUCAGGUGGUCUGAGAGACCUGGCACUUUUCUUUUUAGUUUGUGUGUGAGUGGAGGCCUUUCCACACACAACUUGGACUUGGCUGUCUCUUAAGGAGCAAAAGGUUUUUACAGUGAGGCCCCCUGCUGCUCUGCCUUGGGCAUUGCAGAGUUUGUGUGAUCGUUGCCUUUGCUUCCUUGGAAAGGGGAUCGGACGUGCUGACAAAACAGUUUGGUCCUGCGGCUUUUACUGAAUGUGUGUGAGGGGAUUCAAAAUUCUCUUUCACCUAUGGGAUUUUGUGUUAAAGCUCAGGAAUCAACUCGCCGUAUGUGUGUGUGCGUGCGUGCUGCUAGAGGCAGUGUGUUCCAUCUCAAACCUCACUGUUUCUCAAUGUGUCCUUUGCCACCAAAAAGCUCUUGUUUUCUGCUUCACCUCCUGGAGCCAGAAGCAUUUUAGACUCGACUGGGAGGGAGGGAAUUAGUAGACACAAUGAUUAAAAAGAAAACACCAGUGUUUUUUUCAGAUGGAACAGAGAUGAAGAAACAGCAUUGGAUGCUGGCUGGGCCCUCGUGUGCCUUUUCCUGUGGCCUUGUGCUGAUUGGACAGUCUUCGUCUUUUCUUCACCUUAUCUGGAUUUCGUCCUGUUGUACUGUGUGGUUAAUGGAGGCAGUUUGAAGGGGUUAUCGGAAGCGGGAUCAUCUGUCACAACUAAUAUAUCCAGGAAAAAUGAUAGUCAUCAGUACUUUAUAAUAUGCCCACAGGGAAAUUGGAAGCUUCAAGUUCACAAUAGUGUAAAAUACAGCAUUUCUCCAGCAUUUCAGUGCAGCCUCCAAUGGCAUAGCACUACAUGUGAUUAAAAAAAACCUGUUGUACUGUUUCAUCAAAAUCUUUCAACAAAAACCCAGCGGAAUGAUCAAAAUAUCCAACAUUUCCUAUGCUAGUGCUGUGAGUUCCAGACAUGAUGCACACGUCAGGUGACUAUUUGUUAAAGAGAAGUCUUUUCAAUCAUGACAGUCGUUUUAGUUUGAGAUUUUUUUUUUUAAUUGAGCAUUAUUACUCUUGUGUUAUUAUUCUAUGAGAUGAGAGAAGCCAGAAUGUUGCCAUACGGUCAAGGGGUCAGUAUUCCAAUUCCACACAUGGACACAAAAAGCAUGUAGCUAUGCUGAGGUGCUGAAACCGAUGACUGUAUAUUUGACUUUUUAUACAGUCCAUGGCUGAAACUGGUCUGCCUGUGCCUUUGCAUUGGGUGGGAAAUGAUUGCAUCCUGUCAACUUGAUUUUGUAAAAAUGAGUCAUGGAUAUAAUGCGCCUUUUGUUUUCAGUAAAUUAAUUCUAAGAAA